CGUCGAUCAUCGUCAAUGUGAUUCAUAUAUUUAUUACUCUCUGUCCACUUCAUCCAUCCUAAUUGUUCUACAUCGACUACUUCUCCAUCCUACAUAUUAGGAAUUAAGUACCUACAUACUACAACCACCACCUGCUGAACACAUCACCACGGACAUUCAUACUGCAGACUUUCUACAGAUCCUCGCCUCAUCGAGUCCCAACAUCUCAACCUAUCAACUUCUUCUCACCCCUAGCACGGACUAUUGCUGCGACAACGACAUCCUGCAAGGUGGAGACGAUAGCGAGCAUUGUGAAGAUCCAUAAAUUCGAAAAAAGGAUAAUAUCCCUGCAAAAGUCUGCCUGACUCACCGCUUCCGGUUGCGCCGAUCCGCGAUUGGAUCAAACGUCCCCACCGCCGGAUCCAGCCAGGAAGUGACUGCCUGAGUCACCGCGACGAGUCAAUUUGUCUGGGCCUUUGCGGGAGCUGGAAAUCCAUUCGCCAUGACUACUUCUACUUCUACUUCCACUUCCACUUCUCCUCCUCCUUCCUCCUCUUUCUCUCUCUCCUCUCCUCUUUACACUUCUUCCUCCCCUAGCUCCUACUUCACCUCUUUGGCUCGUCGCCGCCAACAGAAGAAAAUGAGCGUUACUCAAACCUACUAUCUCGCCCACACCGCCCGCAAGAAGCUCACCCGGGAAGCUUCGCGGGCGGACCACGACCUGCGUCUCCUCGUCGGUCAUGCCAACCUCCUCGAUACCCUCAUGCUCGACCUCGCCGACGCAGAGCAAGAGCAAGAACGUUGGUUCAACCAGACCGUCAGCGGUGUCAACAAGAGCGUCCCCCAAUCCGAGCGCCGACACAUCCAGUGGGCUGAUGCCCUGGUCGAGGACCCCGAGGAGGACUGGGAUGCCGAGGAUAUCUCCGAUGCCGACUCCGACCUCAGUGACGACUCGGACGACCUCAGCGAUGAUGAUUAUGAGCUGAACGAGGACUUCACUCCCGUCCGCCGCCGGGCCCCGUCGCCCGUGGCCAUCGUCACCGAGAAGGAGGUGUCGGCCGAUGACGACUCCGACUCCGACUCGGAGUUCGAAUACGAAGACGACGAGGAUCUGAGCGAUCUGACUCUCACCCGCUCGCCCUCGCGACAGUCGCCUCCCGAACUUCUCCCCGACUCCGAUGGCGAGUCGGAGGAUGACACCAUGCCGCCCUCGCCUCCCCAGCCGAUGCUGGAGUUUGGAGAAGAAAAGACCCCUCAAACCACGGAGAUUCCGCUCUCCGAUGCGGGAUUCGAAUCCGAGUAUUACGUCUCCAGUCAGCCGCAAGGCCCUGUCAUUGAAUCUUAUUAAGAUGACUUGAGUGCUUGCUUUGUUGUACCCAUACGUGAUACCCUGGUUUUAUGAUUCUUCGCAUUCUCUUUUCCACCACAGCAUUAUCGGUUGAGCAUUUAUCCUUGCAUACGGCGUUUUUAUUUGGGAGGAAUUAAAACAGAAUGAGAGGAUGGGAUCCAUAUUGGGCACCGACCUCGAUGGAUCUCCGUGGUUCCAGACCACAUUCUUUCGCAUUAUCUGGUGUUCGGGCCCACUCUCUUGGGCCGUUCUUUGUUUCUUUUCCUUUUCUCCAUCGCUACCAUCUCUACUUUGCAUAUGUUUUCAGCGGUCAGACCACGCAGGCCGCGGCUUUUUUUGUAUAGCGCCUAGCAUGGCAUGAAAAUUCACGAUGAUGACCUGUAUAUAGUUCGCAUUUACAUCUAAUCAAUCUUCAAACAACUCAUCUCUAAA